AUCAGCUGUGCAUUGGUCUGUUCUUAUUUGUAACAUUAAACACAUUUUCAGCAGUUUCUGCGUUUACCGGCGCAUUUUCGAUUCAAAUGCCUUGCUUCCUAUGCACACAGAUUGUCGAUGAAGCUGUCGGCAACAUAGAAAUCGCAUCGGAAGAGGCCGAUUCAUUGGGCCUGCGAUGCAUCAUAGAGAAACACUUUUGGCUACAGAUUCCUGACUCGGGAAGCGGCUAUGUGUGCGGCGCCUGCUGGGAGCAGCUGCUGCUCUUCCACAACUUCUACCUAAGUGUGGAGCAGGCCCACCAGGCGCUGCAGCAAACGAUUCCGGAGGAGACAUCUCCACCAGAAGAUGGUGCUCCCAAGGACCCCUUGGUCAAGAGCGAGCUAGCAGAGAGUGUGGCCGCUACCGUGAAGCGCCGACGAGGGCGCCCUCGUAAGGAGCCUCCAAGGGAUGCCAGCGAGGAACUGAAGAGCGUUCUAGAGCAAAUCAACCUUAACGAAAUCAAAAUCGAAUGCCCCGAGGCAGAUUUAACAAUUGCCGAUGUGCUGGACGAUCAGGAGGAGCAUGAUUUCCUCGCCGACGACUGUAGCAGCGGGAUCGAAAAAGAGGAGGAUUAUGAGGAGCAAGAGGAACCCCAACCGCAGGUUAAACGAAAGGCACGCGGACGGCCGCGUGGACGUGUGCGACUAGCGGAGCGCCCCAAGAAAGACGGUCUGCCCAACACCAAGAAGUCGCAGGAGUUCAACGACUUCAUCCGCGAGCACUACAAAGUCCAGUGUCAUAUCUGCAGCUCCCCUAUGGAAGGCUUCACUGAGAUGCUGCUACAUGUCCGACGCGAGCACAAGCAGCGCGGCUACUCGAUGUGUUGCAACCGCAAGUUUUUUAAGCGGGGCUACCUUGUGGACCACCUGCGCCGCCACCAGGACCCUGAGCUGUUCAAGUGCUCCAUCUGCGCACGUGUGAUGGGUCACCGCCGCAGUCUGGAGCUCCAUAUGCGCAUGCACGAUAUCAAGACGCGCGGUCGCCUCUACCAUUGCGAUAACUGCUCCAAGAGCUUUUACAGUUCCGUUGUGUGCGAGCGCCACAAGCUGACGCAUAUUCCACGGGAUCAGUGGCAGGUGAAGUGCACCAACUGUGAGAAGACUUUUCCCACCCAGUAUACAAUGCAGCAGCAUGUCAAGCUGGUCCAUUUGAAUUUAUAUGCCAAGAUCUGCGAUGUCUGUGGGAAAUCGAUCAGAGGUCGCGAAGCCUUGGCCAGGCACAUGAAGGAGCACACCGGCGCGCCACAGACAGCGAUCAAGUGCCACUUGUGCGACUCUACGCUAACCACCAAAUACGGUCUGGCGCGUCACAUAAAAAUGAUGCACACCGCCGAAAACCUGCAGCCGAUGCAGUGCGAAUUCUGCCUCAAGAUCUCGCCCAGCUUGCAGGCGCACCAGCACCACAUUAAGUACACGCACAACACGGCACGUAGCCAUCAAUGUCCUAUGUGCGAGAAGGCCUUUAAGCGGCCAAACGAACUGAAGGAACACAUGACCACCCACACGGGAGAGGUUCUAUACACUUGCCCCCAUUGUCCGCAGACCUUCAAUUCCAAUGCCAACAUGCAUGCCCACCGGAAGAAGGCGCACCGCAAGGAGUGGGAGGAGAGCCGUCACCAGCGGUUGAGUCGACCUCGAAAAUCGGACACAAUCAUUGCUGUGAGUGUACGCAAGACCACUGAAGCCAGACAGGAUUUGAGAGCAGGAUGCGGAGAGGCGAUAGCAACACCCAACAGCCCUGGAGCAGAGUGCUAGCACUAGGUGACCCUUGGACCCACUAAAAACCAAAUGAGACGUUGUACGGCUGUUGUUAUGAUCAGAGGACUAAGGGGGUGCACAAUUUGUACGGUCAACAUGCUGAGCCUGGUUACGGGAUUCACUGGUUUUAUUGAUUUUGAGAAUUAAAUUAUUUUUUGGCUUAUUGUUAUGGAUAGCUAAUAAUUGUAAUCUUGGAGGUGGUACCUCACGCAUUAAUGCAACGCACAAAUAAAAAAGUAAAGAUAGGGUGUAUUUUA